AUGUUCCGCGCCGUCCUUCCCCGAGCUGCGCCGCGGGCCAGCCUCCGCGCCUGCGGACCUAAGGCUGUCUCAGCUACCUUCAUCGCUCCCUCCAUGCUCCUUGUUAGCCGCUCAAAGCGUGGUUACGCCUCUGAUGCUGGAGAGCACGAUCUGGUUAUCAUUGGUGGUGGUGUCGCUGGUUACGUUGCCGCUAUCAAGGCUGGUCAGGAGGGCCUCAAGACCGCCUGUAUCGAGAAGCGUGGAACGCUCGGUGGUACCUGCUUGAACGUCGGCUGCAUUCCUUCAAAGUCUCUCCUCAACAACUCCCACCUUUACCACCAGAUUCUCCACGAUACCAAGAAGCGCGGUAUUGAGGUCGGCGAUGUCAAGCUGAACCUUGCUCAGAUGCUGGAGGCCAAGAACCAGUCCGUUCAGGGUCUGACUAAGGGUGUUGAGUUCCUCCUCAAGAAGAACGGUGUUGACUACAUCAAGGGUGCUGGCUCCUUUGUUGAUGCGAACACUGUCAAGGUUGACCUGCUCGAUGGUGGUGAGCAGACUGUGCGCGGAAAGAACAUUCUCAUUGCUACCGGCUCUGAGUACACUCCCUUCCCCGGCCUGAACAUCGACGAGAAGCGCAUUAUCUCUAGCACUGGUGCUCUUGAGCUGCAGGAGGUCCCUAAGAAGAUGGUUGUCAUCGGCGGUGGUAUCAUUGGUCUGGAGAUGGCUUCUGUCUGGUCCCGUCUCGGCGCUGAGGUUACCGUCGUUGAGUUCCUUGGCCAGAUCGGUGGCCCCGGUAUGGAUGCUGAGAUCGCCAAGCAGGCCCAGAAGAUCCUGAGCAAGCAGGGUAUCAAGUUCAAGACCAACACCAAGGUCGUCAAUGGUGAUGACAGCGGUGCUCUCGUUAGCCUGAACAUCGAGGCCUCCAAGGGUGGUAAGGAGGAGACUCUUGACGCUGAUGUCGUUCUGGUCGCCAUUGGUCGUCGCCCUUACACUGAGGGUCUGAACCUGGAGAGCGUUGGUAUCGACAAGGACGAGCGUGGCCGUCUGGUCAUUGACCAGGAGUACCGCACCAAGGUCCCCCACAUCCGUGUUGUUGGUGAUGUUACCUUCGGCCCUAUGCUGGCCCACAAGGCUGAGGAGGAGGCCGUUGCUGCCAUUGAGUACAUUAAGAAGGGCCACGGCCACGUCAACUACGCCGCCAUUCCCAGCGUUAUGUACACCCACCCCGAGGUCGCUUGGGUUGGCCAGAACGAGGCCGAGGUCAAGGCCUCCGGUAUUAAGUACAACGUCGGCUCUUUCCCCUUCAGCGCCAACUCCCGUGCUAAGACCAACCUUGACACCGAGGGUGUUGUUAAGUUCAUCGCUGAUGCCGAGACCGACCGUAUUCUCGGUGUCCACAUCAUCGGCCCCGGUGCUGGUGAGAUGAUUGCUGAGGCUACUCUGGCCAUCGAGUACGGCGCCUCCAGCGAGGAUGUUGCCCGCACAUGUCACGCCCACCCUACUCUCUCCGAGGCUUUCAAGGAGGCUGCUAUGGCCACCUACUCUAAGCCCAUCCACUUCUAG